UUUUCGCUGUCAAAGCGAAACCAUCUGCACUCGACGAAAGUGUAACGAAUGCAACAAAGUUACACUGUUUUAAGAAGUGCUUUCCGCAGCAAAUCGCGUUAAUUGCACUCACAUCACUAAAAACCUUUAAAAAAUCAAUCAGAAGAGUGUUAAAAAGACUUAAUCUCAGCGUUUGCACCUAACGUGUUUUGUUUGGCACACUGACGCCACACACACAAACAAACCAACGCUUACUUCAGGCAAUCAUGCAACAACAAUCCUAGGACGCGACAAAGUGAAUCAAUCUUGUAACAUUGUCAACAUUUAUCAAAUAGUUUAUCCCUGUGGAAACCCGGAAUCGAUUCCAUCAUGGGUAGAAAAGCGAAAGUGGAAGCAGAUACACGUCUAACACUGUCAACAACAAGCGAUUUCUUCUCAGUGACACCUCCAGAGAGGCAUAAACGAUUGACAGAGUUCUUGAAAACACUGCAGAGUUUCAAAGUUGAUGAGAAUCGUGAAUCCUAUCAGAAAAUCAAGGAUGUUUGGGCGGAUUUUCAUAUGAGGUUGUGUGAGCAUGAGCCCUGGGGAGAGUAUCUAUUCUGUUUUAUGGAUUCUGUGCUGAAAUGUAAUGAGGCUUUCUCGAGAUACAAUUUGUGUGUGUACAAGACUAUCAUGGAGCAAAAUUCGUCGGGGAAUGAUGUAUUUGUUGCUUUGGAGAGUGAAAUUGCACAGACUGAGUUGAUAAGAGCUUUAAAGGAAAACUGCCAGAAUGUCCCGUCGAAGGUGACUUACAAAUAUAUGCACGUGCGUGUGAUACCCGCCAUUUUCUCGCCGGUUACCACAGAUGAGGAACGCCAGGAGUUGUGUUCGCUUGCUGUGGCACUGCCGAUGGGAUUCGCGGUGCAAUUUAUGCAUAAGGAUACACAACACAAGUACAAACAGGAAGUGAUUCAAAAGUAUAUACCUUUUAUCUACGAGCGUGCAAACGCCACCUUCCGGCGAGAUUGGAUGCUAAUGUGCCAGACGCUCAUACAUUACUCCGGCAAAAUGCUGCAUAGCGACACACUUCUACAAAACUCCAUCUUGAAAGUGUGCGAGGACGCGUUCAAAAACGCAUCGGUUGAGAAUCGAUGCGCGGCGUUCGAUUGCUGGCGCGCGCUUAUCGAUAACUACUCAUUGGAGCGCAAAUAUAUCAUGCAUCCGAAACAGACAGCGCUGCUUUUAAAACCGCUGCUUGCGAGAAUCUCAAGCAAUCGUAUUGUGGCCGCGAAGAAAUUUGAUACGCAUGUGCAUUUGCUGAUGACGAUUGGGUUUGAAAAGGAUUUACUUGCGAAUUUUUUGUUGGAAGCAUUCGGGCCGAUUGAUGAAGAGCUGCCGGAGGUGCCACGCGGUGAUGUUAUACACUGCGUGCGGGAUUUGACUGUUUCAUAUCCGAGGAGUACGGAGAUUUUACUCAAAGUAUUGCGGCAUGAGAAGGAAACGUGUGGAUGCGCGAAUAAAACGCUGCCGAUUGCGGAUUCUUGCGGGCAGAUCAAAACUGAGGUUGCAAAAUGGGAGCUGUUGGUGCAUUCCGUGCGCAUGUGCUCACAAUUGAAUUAUGUGAGUCUUGCAAAAGCACGGAGUGAUAUCAUUGAACAGAUUACUAAAUGUUUGUGGUCUUCAAUGUUUAAAUAUUUCCGGCAUGAGAAAUUUAAUGAUAACCGCGUACAAGUUAUGAAAUUAAUCCAGUCGGCGAUAACAAAAGUGUUGAAUUCCUCGAUGAUGAACAUAACCUAUUACAACAUAUUCUUCAAACACAUUUUGACAUGUCUCGUAGAUUUUCUGGCAGAUGAAGCAUUCGAUGCUGAUAUUUACAAGGAACUUGUGUUGCCUACCAUCAAGGAGUUGAUGACGUAUCAAACCAAAUUCAACGAUAAAUUACCCGCGACUAUUUAUGACGACUGCGUGAAGGAUAUUUUUAUGUAUUGCAAACAGGAUCCGCAGUUUUUGGACACCAUCAUUUCGUCCUUGAAUUAUCCUUUGCUGCAAUGUCAACUUGCUGGCAAUGCUUAUGCUUUCGCACUGCAUGAAUACACAAAAAUCAUGGAUAAGUCCCCGAAUAAAUAUCAGGACGAGACGCUGACGAAUUUAUUCACACGUGUGGUGUCUAUCAAUUGCAACGAGAAAAUAUUAGCGACUGAUUUCAAGGAGGAUAGUCAAUUAUUGGAAAGUAAAUCAAUUGUGUUGAUGAAAGUAUUAACACAGUUGAUGAAAGACAGCGCCAUGUGUUUUGGGUUGCUGAAAACCAGCGCGGCCAUGUUGAGCAACAUUGUCACACUGAAGAAUAUUUCAGAUCAUGUUUUCUACGUGUUUCUAUUGAAUGUGAUCACAAAUUCACUUUCGAUGAUUGCGGAGGACCCAACUGAUCAUACUACACAUUUGAUUGAAUGCACAAAUGUUUUCAUUACAGCUCUACAACAAAUUAUAUCCGCACGAGAGCAUCACAACAAGUUGAAAAUUGAUAGUAUGCAACUCAUUGGGAUUUGCACGCAUCUAUUGAAGCUGAAAAUGUAUCACGUGAUGGAAUUCCUUCCGGAUCUCUUGCGUUACAUUGACAAGCAGAGACUACCGCGUGAUUUGUACAAUAUUUUCCUGAAUAUGACAGAUGCACAGGAUACGGAUGUCUCGCAAAAGGCUGUUAGUGUUUUCGAAGAGAUUUGCGCGUCUGGGGUGAAGUUUGUUAGCCCGUUGAAAGGCAAAACUUCACCAGUCAUGAAGAGUGAUAAUACUAAUGGGAUUGUAAGUCCAAAGGUGGUGGUUCUACCGCAAACUAUUCUUCCUGCUAUGUCGAAUAAUGCGAAUUCUGUGCGUUUGUUUGGAAAGUACUUUGAUUCACCGUCACCGAAGCGCUGUAGAGGUAGUAUUCUACAACGCACGAAAAACAUGGUGGCGGAGGCAAGGAAUUUAUCUUUAGCGUUGGAUAGUAGUCCCACUUCGACGAAGUCAAAUGCAAACGUGCGCGCGAUUGAAGAUAUAAGUUCAAAUGCAUUUGUACCGGUUGAUAAAGAAGUAGUGUUUGAUAAAGAAAAAAUGACUGAACAACAACGGGAAAAGACUACGAAAAGAAGAGAUGAUAUUCCUGCUUUGUAUCAGGAUCUCUCACAAUCACAAUCUCAAUCUAAUUCUACACCAGUGAAUAAUGAUCUAGUUGAAAUGCGUGUUACACGUUCAAGUGAUACCGGGUUGAAUUUAAAUGGUCUUCAAGAAGUAACUGAAGAAAAUGGUGUAACAAAAGUUGUUAUUCCAUCGAAACCUGGUGCGAAACGUGGUAGAAAACCCAAAAGGACAAAAUCCGCUAGUCCUGCAAAAGCAAGACCAUCAACUUUUGUCCCUAUAGAGGAAUACGCUCAUGAUGGACCACUCCCCACCCCUGAAGUCAAAAAUGAAAUGAAUGAUUUGGUUCCAAGUGAAAAUAACAGCGAUGACAUAGCAAGACAGAAAAUCGAAAAGUCUCUGAAGAUGAAUAUUGUCGGCAGUGAGGAGUUCUUCAAUCUGCCAAAGUCACGCACGCGCAAAUCACGCUGUUUUGAUCUCGGCACUGUGACUUAUCAAGACUUUCCAGUGUUGAAAAAACGCCGUCGCAGGAGUAAGAUUGAAAUGAACCAGAAAUCACCGGAGAAUUUAAAUUUAAUCAAAACAGACGCGUCUCCUGAGGUAAAUACUCAUGAAAACAAAAUGGAGACAACACCUAAUAAAGAUAAUAACAUCCCAGAAACACCUACGAUUGAUAAUGUAAUACCAGAGACUGAAAAACAAGAUGAUACUGAAGUGAAUCAAGAUGAAUCAACGCCAAAGAUGGAUGCAACGCCGGAAAGUCAGGUUAUGGCUACGGUUACACAGGCUUUGGGUAAAGAUUGUGAAAGUGUUACGGUGAAUCUCUAUCGCCUGCCGCAUUAUUCGCCAACGAAAAAGAGUUGGAGGAUGCAAAGAUGCUCAACAAAAAAGUCGUGCUGAAUUUCAACUCGUCGAUUGUAUCGAAAAUUGAUUUCUCUGUUUUGGAUAACAACGAAGAUAGGCAAAAGAAUGAUGAGACUUUGACGUUGGAGGUGGCGCCACAGGUGCCGCAAGAUGCAAUCUCCGACAUGGAAACUGAAUCUUU